GAGCGCAUUUCUCGCGCUCGUCUCCAGAGCCGCACGAGCGCAGUGCACUACAGCACAUACCUGUAUAUUUGACUCAGAGUGACUCAAUAGACCACAUGAGCACAACAGCAUCAGUCCACUGUCAGCCAUAGACCUGCAUUUACACAGGUUUUACUUGGAAUAUCUUACAAAAACGCAGGAAGCGCGCGUCGCAUCCCCUCGAUGAGCAGCCGCGCGCGCUGUCAGCAACACGAGCGCGAGACACGUCGCUAUAUCGAGGGAUUGACUGAUGCUGAAGAGGCUGAAAGCUAGAAAACACAUUCCCUCGAGCGUUGCAUACGACGAACAUCUCCAGUCAGUGGUCUCCAAAGAUUGCAAAAGAGUCUUCUGCCUGGACCGAACACCAUUGUGAUGGCCACCCCACCGAGUUCAUUUCAGCAGGAGCCCCUCACGCCUCCAAGAUCCUCCCUCAAGCCCAACCAAGUGGGGUCGGUCAUCCUCUACGGGGUGCCUAUUGUCUCGCUGGUCAUUGACCAUCAAGAGCGGUUAUGCCUGGCUCAGAUAUCCAACACCCUGCUAAAGAACUACAGCUACAAUGAGAUCCACAACCGUCGAGUGGCUCUGGGCAUCACCUGCGUGCAGUGCACCCCGGUCCAGCUCGAGAUCCUCCGGCGGGCCGGUGCCAUGCCCAUUUCCUCGCGCCGCUGUGGCAUGAUCACCAAACGCGAGGCAGAGCGACUUUGCAAGUCUUUCCUGGGAGAGAAUUCUCCACCCAAGCUGCCAGACAACUUUGCGUUCGACGUGAUGCAUGAAUGUGCUUGGGGCUGCCGGGGAAGUUUCAUCCCAGCGCGCUACAACAGCUCCCGGGCCAAAUGCAUCAAGUGCUCCUACUGUAAUAUGUACUUCUCCCCGAACAAAUUCAUCUUCCACUCACACCGCACGCCCGAGGCCAAGUACACGCAGCCGGACGCCGCCAACUUCAACUCCUGGCGUCGGCACCUCAAACUGACAGACAAAACGCCACAGGACGACCUGAUGUUCGCCUGGGAGGAUGUAAAAGCCAUGUUCAACGGAGGGAGUCGCAAGAGGGCUCUUCCCUCCUCUCACUGCUCGUCCAUGGGUUCGGUCAAGGCCGUGAACUCGGUCCUGCCCCACAUGAUCUCUCCGGAGUUAUCCCAGAAGAGAGGCCGGUAUGAGGACGAUGAUGAUUUAGACAGCAACAGCCUCUCGCCUCGAAAAGCCCCUCGCAGUUACCCGGUCAUUCCAGUCCCGAGCAAAGGUUUCGGGAUGUUGCAGAAGUUCCCAACUACGUCGCUAUUCCCAAGUCCAUACACCUUUCCUGCAUUCGGUCUGUGCCCGCAGAAGAAGGACGACAGCGAGGCGACCAACGGGCAGAAGAACAGCGGCCUCUCAGGGCUUCUCUGGCCCGGACGCAAGGACACUUUCUACCCGCCCUUCUGCAUGUUCUGGCCCCCGAGGGCAACCGGGGGCAUCCCGGUACCCACUUACCUGCAACCCCAACCCAACGCCCUUUCCUCCCUCACAGAAAGCCCGUCUCUCAGACAAGCCUUUUUGGAUCUGUCUGAACAGGCCGAUGCCAGUUCGGGAUUGGACGCGAACCCCCGGUCCGGGCUGUUCGAGAGCGACUCCCUGCCCGUGACCUCGGACCUGCGACCGGCCCCGGAGGGCUGGCUAAAGCUGCUGGACGCGCCCUCGCUUCAAGCGCGAAAGGCCAGCUACCACUCCGCCUUCCGCCCCGUGGUCAAAGACGCCGAAAGCAUCGCCAAACUCCACGGCAGCCUGGAGGACUUCGGGACGGAUCGGCACCUUUCCCCCGGGACCAGCUGCAGCUACCAAAGCGACAGCGGGGAAAGCGACGAGGAGCAAGAAGUGGAUGUGGAGACCAAACAGGACGAGGAACAGGAGGAUUUCGGCAGCCGGUCAGCGCAGACGCCCCCCCUGCACAUGCGAGGACUUCCCGACAACAACUCUGGGGAUCCGGCCAAAGAGCAAGCCUCCUUCCUGAGCGUUCCCGCCGAGACCUCAGAGGACAAACCCGACCUCCCCGUCAGUCCGCCCACCGUCCUCAAAGUCCCCAGCCCCGUUCACGGCCCGCUGGAGGAGAGCGCCGCGUACAGAAAUGCGCACAAGAGCAGAGACGAUGGGCUGCCGGCCUAUGCAACCAAAAACAAAACAACCAUCUCAGACGACAACAAAGAGCAAAGCAGUUUUUUCGUCCCCGAGACAGAAACCUCGUCCGCACCCGAAUUCUGGCGAGAGACUCCAACAGACCAAAGUCAAGACACAAACUCUCCCGUAUCGCUCAAGAAGGACGUCGAGAACAUGGAAAAAGAGGAGCUCCAGAAAGUUCUCCUUGAACAGAUAGACUUACGGAGGAGACUGGAGCAGGAGUUUCACGCUCUGAAAGGCAGCUCUCCGUUCCCGGUUUUCCAUAACUUUCAGGACCAAAUGAAGAGAGAACUGGCUUACAGGGAAGAAAUGGUGCAACAGUUACAGAUGAUUCCCUAUGCAAACAUCAUUAGAAAAGAAAAGGUCGGGGCGCAUCUUAACAAAAGCUAAAUGGUAAAUUCAUCUGAAACAAAAUCAAGCUGCUCUCGACAACUUUUUACACUCUGAGGAUAAAUCAAAUCAUCCCAAUCUCAAGCACAACGAAAGGAACCUCUUCACCGGAUGUUGGACGUUGUCAUUGAUAAACCUGAGCGACGUCCAUCUCUCCGACGAAACCAAACGCCAUCAGCGAACGGACACACAGUCAUGCAUCUACCAAUGAUCUCGAGUUCCUUUGACAUAUUUCCUGUACAGUAACCCCACUUUGAUUAUUUAUGAACUUAAGUUUAUUUAUUCCCCAUGCGCUGUACAGUUCUCUUAGCUCUAGGCUGUAAAUGUACAUAUGCGGAGGUCAAUGUGAAGGGAACGGUUGCUCUGUACCGUGGCUGAAGUCUGAGAGCGAUCGGAACGUCUGCAAACCUUUCUCGUUUUGCCUGUUUAAAUACAACACUGACAUAAACACCAGUUUAAAAAAUGUUAUUGUUAACUGUUCAUGCAAAUGUAUUUAAAUAUGUUCUUGUAGUUUCUCUACUAUUUAUGUGGAUAAUUAAAGUCUAUAAGAUGAAAAAGACUGAC